GGAAAAGGACAUGAGGGCGUGUCAGUCGAAGAAUGAAGACGUCAAUGGCCAGCCGGCAUAAGAUGGACUCAGCCGUCCAGACAAAUAGUGCAUCAUGCGACCGACUUCCGCGUCUUUCACUGCACAAAUAGACCAGGAACAACAAAUCGGACUUACGAGACGACACCUGUCUGUCUGCCUGUCUGCACACAGCCCUGGCUCCUCCCUCCCUGCUGGAGCACCGGCUUGUUAGUCACCAACGCACACAAACACACACUCACACACCAACCACACAUCAACAAUCGUCCUGUCUGUCGGCUAGCCCUGUUCCCUGUCCUUGAGCCUGGUCCGCCUGCUGCGGGUUUUCUCGUCGAGGCUCUCUGUGACGGGCACCGCUUCAGCCACCACCAUGGGAUCAUGGAUGCGCAGAUUCAACGCCACAUCCUCAACACGCGCCUGCAGCCAGUCAGUCAACACCCACGCAGGAAUCGCGCGCACACUCUUUCCUUGCUUUGCUUACGAUGGCGUCCUCGUAUGCGACGGCCUCUGAGUGUUUCUGGACGGUUGUCCAGAGCUGCCGCGCCUGAUCGAUGCUCAUGUGGGGGACGUGCCUGCACAGGGCGGCCACAAAGCCGUCCUCCGUGUACUCGGGAUCGUCAUACACUAUCACCUGGAAGAAACACACACACACACAGAGAGAGAGAGAGUGUGUGUGUGUGUGUGUGUUGACUGACUGACGGCUCUGAAUGGUUGCCUCCUUCCUGACCAUGCCUUGUGGGAGCUUCUUCUUGGUGCCGAAGACAGCGGUCUCCUCGGGCACCAGCUCCUCGUCACUCCACGGCUGACAUGCACACUCACACACACACACGGGCACACGCAUCCGCAGACGGACAGACCGAGGCCAUUCGCACACACCAUUCAUGUCCUUCUCUUAUGUACCUGUGCCUCGUCUUCGCGCACUCUGUCCCUGGUCUUGAGCCGGGGUGUCAACAGCUGUUUGGAACCAAUGGCCUCUUGAGGUUUGGGCUGACCCAACGCACCGCCGUCACUCGACAUCAGCAGCAGGCGGACCGAAGCACGCCGCCUCAGUUUGUGAGAUGGGAGUGACCGCCACUCAUCGAUCUGGUGCAGUGAUGUGAAGGCGAUGGACAGGGAGGGCAGCUCGGCGAUGAAGGGCAGGAGAAGAUACCAGACCAGCGCUGAGAGGUCGGGGUGAAGCAUGGUCGUCAGGAAGCGCAGAUCAGUGCUCCGGCUAUUCUACGGAGAUGAGGCCGAUGAAGCUGCUUU